AUGACGUCAUGUUGUGUUGACGUGGCCGUGAGCGGCGGUCGCAGGCAGCUGAACAAUACUUAGUAUGUGUCGAAGCUGCGCUCGGCGAUGGCGUGAUUGACGGUUACCUCCCGUAAUCAUGGAUUUAACUGACUGAUUGCUGUUCACUUAUUCAGUGAAGAUGACUAGUCGAGGCCAACACUAUGGCUUCCAGUCGAGUAUCAUGGUUCAACCCGCCAAUGGAGGUCAUGCAUACCUGUUUGGGACCACGGGUUCCGAGAAUGAACAGUCCGAGGAGGACGGGGAGAGCUACGAGCUGCGACCUCGUGGCAGGACUCGGAGGAGCACCUCAAAGGAGAGGAUGGAUGAUAUUGUCUACCUGAGCAGAGACAUCCAGGAGGGUGACACCCUAAACAGCAUUGCCUUGCAGUAUCAUUGCUCAGUGGCCGAUUUAAAGCGCUCAAACAACCUCCUGACCGAGCAGGACUUGUUCGCCCUGCGCUCCGUGAAGAUCCCCGUCAAGCGCUUCAGCAUGCUGACUGAAACUCACAACACUAGACCUCUCAGACAAGCCUCUCCCGCCGAAGCCCGACGCCCGACCCAGAUCUCGGCCUGCUCCGCCUUCCCUAUAGAGUCCUCCACGGACUCGUCCUCUUCCACGGACAGCGUGGAAGGGUUCCUCAUGGAGAAGGACAAGGACAUCGAGCAACUGGUCAAAUCGACGGGGCCGUCGAGGAGCAGCCUCAACGAGGUGGUGUCCUCUUUAACGCUCCAGCCGAAGCAGCCAUCGCUAGGAAAAGUGGAGUACAAAUUUGUGGGAAAAAAGGACCCUUAUUACGGAGCCGACUGGGGCAUGAGGUGGUGGACGGCGGUGGUCAUCAUGCUGGUGGUUGGCAUCAUCACGCCUGUGUUCUACCUACUGUACUAUGAAGUUUUAAUGAAGGCCGAAGUGAGCCAUCACGGGACGCCCACAGAUGUUCCCGGCUACAUGCUUCACGCGCACGACCACGGCCACGCUCACCUCGAAAAAAGUCCCGCAAGAGCUGGACCCACGCAUCAUGCUGCUGGCGAUGUGCCCCAUGAAGCUCCACAAGGACUCAAAGUGGACAGUGCACAACAUGGAAAGACAUGACAAAAGUUGUUUUAAUAUAACCACCCUGAUUCCUAAAUGCAUUUUUGAGCGUGAAAGUCACUUUAGAGCGGUAACACGGAUUUAUACAUUUCUAUUAAUUUAACUGAUCUGGACGUGGUUUCCUCUCAUCCAUGCUGCUGCCUUUAUGUGAGGACACAUUCACCGUUUUGUUGUUCGAAAUGUGGAUAACAAUACAUUUCCAUGACUUGGCUGGGCCUGUAGCACCACAAAGGGUUUAACAUUUUGCUCUCUCGGGUAUGAAAACAGUUGCCAGGUGUCUCAGUAUGCGUUGACAAGCUUUUGUCAAAACAUCCCAAUGCUCAAGAAUUCUUACUCACACCCUAGAUUUUGCCAAUGGCGAGUCGUGCUUUUGUUACCUUGACGACCAGCCCGAGCCUUGCGACGAGCUUUACGUGUGGGAGCAGAUCCGGGAGUGUAGUAAAAAAAAGGGAGCGCCUGUAAAGACAAAAGUGUUUUCACUCAAAGAGGCCGAUCUUCACACCGUGCGAUUGUGACACAUGUACACCACCAGACACUGUUUGCAACUUCACCAAGCAAUCAAGUAUGGGCCGGUUACCAGAAGCUAACACUGUUAGCUAAUGCUAAUCGUCAAGUCCAAUGACACUCAGUGCAGCUCUGCUUACCUCUUGGCUUUCACAUGAUAGCAGGGGGGUGGUAGUGCCUCUCUGGAUGAUCAUUUUUCUGACAAGCUGGAUUUUAGGACAGACUAGCAGCCAGUCAAGGCUAGCGCCAUCGGUUUGGAUGUGGAUAUUAUGUAAAUUAGAUAACAGCUCCAAAGAUCCACUGACAAAUUUUCCAUCAUGUCUCAUUUAAAAAGAUUUUAUUUCUUUAUCCAUACCACAUAAUACAUUUGUUGGUGAAAAUGAUUGUCCACAUCGUGUUAACGUUUGGAUUUAAUUAAUAUAUUUCAGGACUAUUGUGCCAUUGUACAUUAUUAGUAUUGAACGUCUUUAAUUGGUCUGGAGAGUACUGCAUUAAAAAAAAGCCCAGUGAAAAAAUUCAGAGUUGCACAGAAUCCCCACAAUAUGAGGAUUUUUUUUUUGUGUGAAAGUCCUUUUACUUCACCACUUGUGUAGAUUUUGGAAAAUCGUUCUCUGACAGUAUGUGCCUUUUAACCUGUGUCAUUUUGCUUCAAGGUUGGAGAAUAAAUAAAUCUAUUUUCAAAUAUUG